GUCGGGGGCCUGACGGGGUGGACGGGGUCCUGGCGCCGCCAUAUUGCAGUCAGUUCCCUUGUUGUUCUGUGGAUGUGAAUGAGUCGCGGGAGAGACGGACGGACUGGGAGAGGGAGAGAGAGGCACACACAUCGUUAUCGCUUCAGCUCCGUCACCUGAAGCACUUUCCCCUCCCCAUCCCCCAACCCUCCCCUCCCCAAAUUAACACUGUCGCUGAAGGUUGCAUCCAAUUUAGGGGCUUGGAAAACCAAAUUCAGACAAAUUACCAAUUAAACGAUUUGUCAAUUCAGAGGCAUACAUAUUGAUUAAAAUGCUUGCUGUGAGGGAAUUCCCUGACUGCUCUCUGCCGGAUUGAGACCGUGUGGUGACAAGAAAAUAUUGAAAACACCCACAUCGAACUGAAAGGAGACAGUUUUACUUCAACUAUGUCCGGAAUUGCAUUGAGUCGGCUUGCGCAAGAAAGAAAAGCCUGGAGAAAGGAUCAUCCUUUUGGCUUUGUUGCAGUACCAACAAAGAAUCCAGAUGGUACUUUAAACUUAAUGAACUGGGAAUGUGCUAUUCCGGGUAAAAAGGCAACGCCGUGGGAAGGUGGGCAGUAUAAGCUUCGGAUGCUGUUUAAGGAUGACUACCCCUCAUCGCCACCAAAGUGUAAAUUUGAGCCUCCAAUAUUCCACCCGAAUGUGUAUCCCUCUGGUACUGUGUGUCUAUCCAUUCUAGAGGAAGAUAAGGAUUGGAGACCUGCUAUUACUAUUAAGCAGAUAUUACUAGGAAUUCAAGAACUUCUAAACGAACCAAACAUUCAAGACCCAGCACAAGCAGAAGCAUACACAAUCUACUGCCAGAACAGAGUAGAGUAUGAAAAACGAGUGCGAGCACAGGCCAAGAAAUUCGCUCCAACAUAAAACCCAGCAACUAAAGGAUGUGGAUUUCUGACUGUCGGCUGAGAAAGAAGGCACGCUUUUCACAUUUAGCAAGUUCCUGUUACAAGCAAUUGGCAGUCUUUGGGGAAAAUAAAUUGCAUCGUUACUCGGACAGUUCUAGUUCACAAAAAAUGGCAAAUCAUCUCGGCACAAAACUCGUGUUUCUGUGGCGGCUGUAGUAAAUUUCUUUUAUUUUAAAAAAAAAAGGCCCUAGUGUUCAAUGGUUCAAUUGACCCUUCUUCAGUGUAGCCAGAAUUUGGGGCUCCAGUUUAGUGCUGGCUAACAUGCAAAAUGUGGUUGGAUUUUUCUUUCUUCCCAGUUUAUGUCCAUGAAUGGUUUUUCAGACCUAACCUUAAUCAUCCUGGCAUAUUUGGCAAAUGUUUGGACCAUUCUUCGGGAGGAAGAUUUUACACGAAGAAAGUGAGAACAGUUACAGAUCCAUUUGCAUACCAUGAUCUGCAUUUUGCUCUAAAUGCCAAGGCUUUCUUAAAUCCACAUUGGCCCUUCGAAAGAGACUUGGAAGACCUGUAAUAAAUGAUGUAUUUUAAAAAGAAACAGUUAAUAAAAUGUUCUUUCUAUCCACCUGUUCUGCCCCACCCCUAGUACUUGCAAACAUGUGUGAUGUUCCCUAUAUAGGUUGCUGUCAUAGUUGAAAGAACUUGCAGCUCUUCCUGAGCAGUUUCUGAUACACGGGAGCUGAGUGGAUGUUCUCAGCCUGCAGCGCAGCGCAAUUGCUUUUAACUUUUUAAAUUGGUAACUCCAUUUCAAAUGCGGUGGCAUGGCGCGUGUGACUUGUCUGAUUGCAGCUGUCUGCACGUGUAUUCUCUUGUCUCCUGCUCUCACUUUUUGUUUUGCUGUGGACUUCCUCCCUUUGCUCUAGUUCUGGGUAAAGUGACACUCACUCACCUUAUUUUCUCUCUGGAAAGUUAAGUAAACUGUUACAAAUGUUUCCAAAGUCUGGGAAUGGUUUUUAUUUAAAGAAGUGGUGCGAAGGUAUCUUGUAACAUCUUUGUGCAGGGUUGCCGGGCUUGCAGAAAUGAUAUUUGAAUUAGCGUGAAGUUGGUUUGCAUAAAAAGCAAAGUGCAUGUUUAAGAUUGGACUGUAGAUGCUUGUUCAUCACUUGCAAGUACAGAUUGCUAAUGAAUAUUUUCCAGUAUUUUGCAAUUGAUAUUUUUGAUAAAGCAAUUGCUCAAAAGUACUAAAUUUUGUGCUGCUGGGAAUAGUACAGCUUUUUCUUUUUAAAAAAAAAAAAGUCUCUAAUUGGGUACAGUUAUUUGCUUGACUCCUUAAACUUGUUUUGGAAUGAAUCAGGUUGGGGGUUUUGCUUGCAACUAGGUCAGAUCCUCUUUCAAUCAAUUCUGAAGGCUAGUUGACGUCUUAUUUUGGUUAAGAUAUACACUGUUGACAUGUUGCCUUGAGGAGGCCAGUAGAUUUUUUUUCAGUGAGGAAGGUUGCUACUAAUUGUGGGAAGAGCUAGUAGAAUACACCACAAAGUAGAUUCUUUUGUGGUCCUCUUACUUUUAAGGAGAUGGUUAAAACUGAACCUGUUGCUGGAUUAGUGUUCAGUUAAUGGAAUCCAUUGUUGAACUGUAUUGGUUUUCUAAGUAGUUAAACUUGUACUGCUUGUCUUUUCAGGCUUGAGACUCAAACCUGCUGGACAGUUAAAUUAUAAUUAUGCAAAUGCCUGUAAUUUACUGGAUUCAAUCAGGGCAGACAGUAGUACAGUAAUAAACAGGCCAUCUUUGUUACUGAGACUUCAGAAAUCCAAUUUGAUUUGCUUGUUGGGAUGUGCAACUUAAGUUGUCAGUGUAAUCACACAUUUUAGAAUUGCAACCUUUACAUUGGUGGCGUGGCAUGGCAUAUAAUAGAUCUGGCAGUAUGACUCCUGUCAGUGUACAUGAAGGAUGCUUUGAAAUAGUAAAAAUCUGAAUUUCAGUGCUUUCGACCACUUGGCAGGUUUAGUGUAGCUGUUUCACUCUGAAAAGAUUGUUCCACAAUACCAAGUGUCCACCUUGCUGAUCAACUUGGUGUUUUUAACUGUACGUUUUGGUGAUGCCAUGCAUUUAAAGUGCAGGAGACCUGAACUAUAAAGAUAGUGAAUUCCAAUGCACUUGAAAUGGUUCCUGAUUUUCACCUAGCUUUGUGCUGUCUGACUUCUGAAUUUCUGUAGUUGGCAGAACUCUCCUGUAGCAUUUAGGUCAUUCCUCUGUGCUUGGAUCAGUCUCUAUGAUCCAUAGUAGGUUAGCUUUCCUUGGUUUGCUUUUAAAUUUCAGGCUUCCUGAACUGCUUUGCUUAUUCACAUUUUUUCGGUCACGUUUAUUUGAAAAAUCAUUCUCUGCAUGUUUUGUGUUGCUGGCAGGGCUAGCAUUUAUUUCUUGCCUGUGUAUGGUUGAGCCCUGGAUCCCUGAAAAAUAAUCUCUGGUUUUGGAAGGAAUUUGACUACUGUGCAAGGCAACAUCAGCCUUUUUUCUGUUGGCUGAAAUCUUAGCAAUAACACUACCAGUUCUACAUCUGGCACUUCAUGUUGAAUAUCACUUGGUUUAAGUUACUGCUAAUAAUAGAUAUUCCAUAGCUUCUCAAUACUUUUACUAAAUAUCAAAAAGAGAAUGUGGUGAUAAACCAUAUUGAUCCCUGUCUCCUGUCUGUUCUCAUCCCCUGUCUUUUUUUGUUUUCUUACCCUGCCACCCCCCUCUGUUAGCCUGUGCUUUCCCCUCCCCCUCCACCAUUGCAAUGUGACAUUACUACUGUAUUUUUCGCCUGAUCCUGUGUUCUGUCUAGAUGGUUUUGGCUGCUGUUGUCAUGUGUGCUGUCAUGCUAAGGGAUCUAGUUUUUCUUUCAGUGCCUUGUGUUUCUAUACGAAAAAUGUUGAGGCUGUCUCUGCACAGCAUGGGUGAAUUGGCUUCAUCUUGUUAAAAUAACCCUGUUGUACUGCUCACUGUCCCUCCUCCAAGUCCACCCCCCCAGCCCUUCCCCCUCCUCAACUGUCUGUCUCUGUCUGUCUCUCUUCCCGCUGCCCUCUCCCAACUACACUGGUUUUAAUUCCCCCAUGUGUGGUAAAAGUAGAAUGAACUGAACCAUAGGAUACAAUCUAAAUCCCAUUUUUAGCUAUGAUAGUUGCUUUUAAAUCAUAUGCUUCUAAAUCAUAUUCCAUAGCUCCUCUUAUGUCCUUUAUGUACAUUCCAUGAUGGCAUUGUUGCUGAUUUUGUUAAUACUACCAUUUUGGUCAUGUGAAAGAAAUGGGACUACAUAAAUGGUGAUAAAACUCAAUCUGUCUUGUAUCGCAUCUUGUCAAUUCUUAAUUAUUGCUUCUCACAUUUAUUAUUAAACAUAAGAUUUAGACCACAAUUGCAGCAGUAUGGCUGAAUCCUAUGGUAUCCUUGAUUUGGUGGGAAGCAGGAGAAAUGUCAUGUUCUCUUGCAUGAAGCAUGAUUUGCCCAUGCCUACUUGGCAUUUCACACUUAAAUUCUGUCAGUCACCAGUGUUAAAAUCUUUGUCUAAAUGAUUGUCUUUGUUGUAAGUGUACAGUGUUAAACAUCUAGUAGCAUAUGUAAACUGUAAUUUUCAAGAAGGUUCUGCUGCCUCCACAGAUUUCAACUAGCAACGACCCUUUCUGCAGUCCAGUUUUGAACAGUGGUUGUCUCAGGAACCUGUGGAAUCAUGAGUUCAGGAUGUGCUCUCCAAGUUUAUUCCUGACCAGAUAAUUAUUUGGAACAGUGCAUUCUCACUCUUCAAUGUACAUGUGACUUUGUAGUAAAAGUUGAAGAUGCUGAUUCCAGGGAAGAGAAUUUUUAAAAAAAAUUAAUAGUAACAUUUUCUCAAUUGGAAAGUGACUUAUCUAUCUAAUAACGUAGUCUAAGAUUACAGCCAUUCUUCAGAGAAUUUUUGAGCAAUGAGGGCUGAUAACCAAUUCUCUCCACCACCUGCUCUCCCCUCUUGUUAUGUGAAAUAUAAUUAAUCCAAUCUCAAUUGUGUAUCCAUUCCAAUUGACCCAGAACAGGUAACUUGCUAAAAGAAUAGUAACGAAAACACCCUUGGAACACUGGGUACGUCCAUUUCUUUGUUUAUAUUUUUUGAUGGAUAAAAUGACAAAAAUAAAAUUUAAAAAAAAAAGUAAACCAGUGUUCCAGGGUGACACUGUAAACUUGUACAAUACUUUUAUAUCUUUUUUUCAUAGUCCAUUGGGUUUUGAAAAUGGAAUUGGCAUGUCUUUAGAAAAACAUGCUGAUUUUAAUGUCAGCCCCACCCCACCUGCCAACCUGUUCCUGUCCCUCAUCCCCCUUUCUCCCUCUCCUGGAAAAGAGACAAAAAAGAAACAAAAAAAAAAAAUUGAUGGUUGUAAUGGUUGCUAUUGCAUGGCCUUGUGUGGUUGGGACUAUGUAGUGUUUUUGUGUCUUGUGUGUCACCUUGCUCACCAUGUUGUUAAAGUUGGAUGGCAUUGACUGUGGUCAUUAUGAUCAAGUCAUUCUGAACCCCCAUGGUUACAAUCUUGUUGCUGCUCAAGUCUCAAUGAUCUUGGGUCAAGCCAGCUUUUGAUUUGGAAACAGUAAAAGUGCCCUUACAUUCACAAACCUCCGUACUUCUGUUUUUCAGUUGCUCGGAUUGGAAGUUGUGCUGUCGUAGAACUGUGGUGUUUUUGAGUUAUCUCAUACUUUUCAAAAUAGUCUGUGUUGCACCGAGCACAAACCUUUUGGAAAAUUUUUUUAAAAGCUGGGUCAAAUAUGAAGGGUGUUCUCAACAUGUACGAAAUGUCUUUUGGAUACAGUAUCUGAACUUUGUAAUUGCUUUUAGAUUUUGAUCAAAAUGUAGGUAAGGCAAGCUUUCUUUCUCUUCCUCUGCAGUUUGUUGUUCAUUCAGAACUGCAUGGCUUGUUUGUCUCUAACAUCUGUACUGUCACCAAAUAUGUAGUGAUUUCUUAACACAACACUGCAAGCCAGUUUACUACUUACCAAUUUGUAUUUACCAUUGUAAUACAAUUUCUCAGUUGCAAGUGUUGCUGAUACUUUUAUAGUUUGCUCGUUAACUUUUGUUUUCCAAUUGGACAAAAAACUGAUGGAGCAUGCUUGGCAGUGUCUGUUUGAACAUUUGAUGUUCUGAAGUUUAAAGCUUUUCUUGGGUUUUUAAAAAUAACCAUACUGAAUGAAGUGCAGUUGGAGGACUUUGUGCCAGGACCCAAUGUUAACCAUUUGUUGACCAGCUGGCCCAUCACAUUUCCUCAGUUGGCCCACCCCCACCAAAGUUGUAUGGGCUUAAAGAUUACAACUUUGCUUUCGUAUGUAAUAGUAUUUUGGAGUCUGGAGAAAUGGCGGAAGCUAAUUGCAUCAAUACACAAACCUCAUGUAAACUCUUGAUAACUUCAAAGUGGGGGGACACAACCCACUGUUCAUUGGUCCAAGGUUAGGUUGUGUUUCUCCAGGCCAUUGUUCAUUUUGAAGCCCGUUUUCUGUGAAAUGUAUGUCAUUCUGUAACCUUAAUACAAUAUGGUGGAAUGUGAGACAUAAUUGACAUGGAAUCUGCUGCCUUCCCAAGCACAAGUUUCCAAAGGCCAUGUUUGCUCUCCUUAUCUCUUGCUUGCCCGAAAAGUGAAAUUGUAUAAUUGAAAAAGCAGCUCGGACAGCAAGAAAAAUACGCUUGUUUAAAAUAAAUUUAUAAUGAAUGAAAAGUUUAAACGUGAAGAAAUCAUUCCAUUGUUGAGGCUCAAACUGCCUCUGAGCACCAUGUACCAUUGCAGUUCAUGCACCAUUUCAAUCACUGAUACCUCUGUUUGUAUGCUGUUUGUUAAUGUAUUUGUGUUUAGAAAAAGAAAUUAAAAAGCGAAAAGUAA